CAGUCACUCGCUAAACAAUCGGAGUUCCACAACUACCCCUCGAUCGGCAGGCAUCUCAGCUGAGGAUGCGAAACCUUUUGGUACAAGAACUAGUUGUAAGAGUCACGAGGACUACAAGAAGUACAAUUACAAAGCGACAACCCCUCAUGCUGCUGUUGGGACAGAUGAUUUUCAGAAAGCGUUGUUCUUGAAGCGAGAGAUCAUUGGGACGAAAGAGACAUCUGAAGAAAGCGAAGGUGCAACUACUAACAAAGAAGUCCUCGCCCUCCGACAACUUCUCACUGCAUGGCAGAAGGCGUACAAAGAACUCGAAGCUGCUUACGAAAAAGCGGAAUUGGACAAAAAGAUCCUCAAAGAGGAAAAAGCGCACAUGGCCAAGUCGCAUGAGCAAUCGAAACGAGCUGCCGUCCAAUCCGCGAUAGAG